AUGGCUGUUCGGGAGCUCGAGGUGGAGUGUGUUUACCGCAACCAGCAGCACUUGGUGAAGCUCGAACAUGACUCAGAGAGGGAUCUGUUUCUGGUAGAUGGAUUUUUACCUCUGCUCGCAUUGCAGUGCGAUGAGGACCAGUCACAGCGUGGUUGGCAGAGUAGGGUGCUUCAGAAGCUAGAUAUGAAUAACACAAAUUUAAAAGAUGCGGAAUGGAUCACAAGGGACAAAGCCUGGGAACUUGUCGAAUUGGUCAAGCUGCAGGACGCGUUUCAAGGCGUUUUUGACAUGGACGCAGGUUCUCAAACUAACGACACAGAUCAAGACGAAGAUGCUGCGGGGAAUGAAAUUGAGGGGAGAAACUUAGAUGGUGCCGACCUAAGUGGUGAAGGAACCAAUGGUGACAAGAAUGGCUCAGAUGCUAAACAUUUGCAGGACCACGAGUAUGAUGCUACUGUGUUCCCCAAAAGGGCGGCAAUGGCCGACCAUCAACUAGGUUCGCCGCUCAAGAAACUUAAACCCGCGGAAAGCUUCACGCCGUUGCAAUCGAUGAACCAGGAUUAUCACCUGAAUGCUCCUUUAUCGAUUCAACCCGCUAAAAAACCCAUCACAAAUUUUGCUUCUGAGGAACGCGUCAGCCUGGAGCAAUUGUUGCAGCACAUACUGUUCCCUGAUAAUCAAUCUAUCCGUUUUGAGACCGCUGUGGCAAAUUUAGGCUUAUCCUAUCCUCACACCCAUCUGAAUUUGGAUAUUCCCAUUGACGAGCAUGGCAACACAACUUUGCACUGGCUUUGCUCGGUCGCAAACGUUAGACUCACCAAGGAUCUCAUAAAAAAUGGUGCCGAUAGAUUUUUAGGUGAUAAAACAGGCGAAUCCGUCCUAGUAAAGGCUGUAAAAUCUGUCAAUAACUAUGACUCCGGCACUUUCGAAGAGCUUUUGGACUCAUUAUAUCCAUGUCUCAUACUGAUCGACGACAUGGCUCGGACUGUCCUUCAUCAUAUUGUGAUAACGUCUGGGAUGCCUGGCUGUGCAGCUGCCGCCAAAUACUAUUUGGAUAUAUUGAUGGGAUGGAUUGUUAAGAAGCAAACGAGAGAAAUUUCCAAUGAUGGGGAUCCCAUGAUGUCAGCUUUGGAUCUCAAGUGGUUCAUAAACCAUGUGCUCAACGCUAGAGAUAUAAAUGGUGACACAUGCCUGAAUAUCGCCUCAAGACUUGGCAACGUCUCAAUUGUUGAGGCUCUAUUAGAUUAUGGUGCUGACCCUCGAAUUUCUAAUAAUUCCGGCUUGAGACCGGUAGAUUUUGGCGCUGGCGCUACGAAACUAGAGGGUAUACAUGCCAACAAUGCUAGUGUUGAUGAAUCUGCCACGAUUUCAGGUCCUGACCCAUCCAUGCUUAUAAACAAUAUUCAAUCGCUGGUGAACACUAUUUCACAGGACUAUGAAAUGGAAAUCAAACAGCACAAGGAACAGCUGUCGAAGCUCCAUACUGAUCUGGACUCACAGCGCCAGAUUCUUGCCGCAUCAAGGGAGAAGCUCUCACAAGCCCGUCAACUUCGCGAAGAGCACACGCAGUUAACCGAACAGAUUUCCAAUAUUGAACAGGCAAUUGUUCAAGAGGACGCAGAUUUCAGGAAAGUCAGCGGGGAGCUAGGAAUUGACGACGAAUCUCUGGAAAUGGCGGAGUUUGAUGCGGAUGAGCCAUUUCGCAUCGAUUUUAUUUACGAGUUUUUGGAGAAAAAGCUUCAAAAUGAAUUUUCAGGGAACUUCGAGGAGUUUUCUAAGAACGUCACCGUGGAUGAUCUUUUGAAGAGCUUAAUGCAAGAGAACUCGGGUCAAGAGGAAAGUAUACCUCCAGAAGCGCUUCUUCGUGCUCGUAUUACUGCCUACGAGAAGAACGAGCAUAAUCUCAAUGAAUCGCUUAGGUCAUUACGUGAAAAGCAAGCAAGGUUGGAAGGUAGAUUCAGGCGUAUUCUUUCGUUAUGUCUAAAGGUUGAGGGGGACAAGAUCGAUGGUAUGCUAGACGGCUUACUCCAGGCAAUAUCCUCUGAAGAUCCAGAUGAUAUCGACACAAACGAAAUGCAGACGUUUUUAACCAAACAUGCCGUAUAA